CCUCAGCGCGUCCUGAGCGCAGCGGAUAAAGUUGGGCGAAUGGGCGUUCGUUCAUUAGCCGUCCGUAUGACAUCGUCUCAAAAGGGAAUUCUCGGACAGUCCCCUAUAAAACCGGCUGUUCUCUCCAAUGCUGUAGUCACUGAGAGCACAGCCGCUGCUAUCAAACACAGGACGUCUCGAAAACGGUCAAUUUCUACCGCCAUGUCUUCAUACGCGUCUUCAUACUCUCGUCGCGUCAAUGCCGCCGUGAGCGGCGUCAAAUUCGGCACGGCGCACCGCAAGAAAGCCUCGCCGAACAUCUUCGAGAACGUCAACCAGGACGCCCUGGUGAAACUCUUCGAGAAAGCCGGAGACCUGAAGGCGGCGGAGAGAGCCAGGAGCAUCCUCGCGCUGCACCAGGAUCCUGAGGGCAUUUCCAGAGCGCUCAUGGCUUCGAAACUACAACCCAACCACAUUAAAGUGUUCUGA